AUGGAUUAUUUUGUUAUCGGUUUACUGAUAUAUGUCCACAUGUUUAGAAAGUCUCUUACCAUAUCCCUUAAAACACUAUCUGAUCAUACUACCCUGGAUCCAGCCCAUGGAGAUGCUGCAUCAAAACAACCCAACUCCAACCCUGCGCUGCCACAAGCGGAUCCGCCACUGCACACCAUCCAGCUACCGCCAGAGAUCGUUGACUACGUAGAUGCAGCGCGUAACCCAGAUAUAUACACGCGAGAAUUCGUUGAGUUGGUUCAAAAAGGAAACCAGGAUUUAAAAGGAAAAGCUGAAGCUUUCUCUUCUUUCAGAGACACUCUUGCACGGGAGAUGGCUAGUGCAAUGCCCGAGUGCAAAAAGGAGGUGAUACGGGUUGUUAAAGCGACCGGCGGCGAUGCCCAACAACUAUAG